AUAAAAACAGAUUGAAAUAGCCUUAGUCUGUCACCUUCAGAGGUUAAAAUAAAACAUCUCAUAUUAAUAAGUGAUAAGCUUAUAAUAUUGAAAAUUUGUAUGAAAAGUCAAUUGCCAUUAUCUUUCAGCUAAAUUAUAACGGCGCACUGUUUCGAAACUUUUCAUAUUUAUUGAAUAAAGAAGGUGGAAUUAUUGCAGUAUAGUCAUUGUUAAAAAACGCCGAUUUAAGAAAAGUAAUAUACCAUUUUUAAUAGACAUGAGAGUGACAAGUCUAAAGAAAAAGUUAGCUGUAAUUGGUGCCGGAGCUGGCGGCUUGGCGGUGUUACAAGUCUUUAGCAAGCAUUUAGAAAUAUUCGAGUUAACAUGUUUCGAACAGUCGGACAAAGUCGGAGGGACAUGGAAUUACACUGAAAAAGUUGGACUAAAUGAUUUGGGACGGCCUUUGCAUUCCAGCAUGUACAGGAACAUGAAGACUAACUUACCCAAGGAAGUCAUGGCCUUUCAAGACUAUCCAUUCCCACCCCAUCUUUCUUCUUUUCUUCGGCAUAGCGAUGUUGCUAGCUAUUUAUCGGACUAUGCCGAAUUCCAUCAGUUGAAGAAAUACAUUAAAUUCCACAGUUUCGUGAAGAGUGUAGGCAAAGAAGACGACGGUCGAAUUAAGAUUGUCUGGGAGGUAGGUAAAUCAGGGGACGAGGAGGACAUCUUCGACUAUCUCGUCAUCUGUAAUGGCCAUUAUACUACACCAUAUACUCCGGAUUUGAGGGGUUUAGAAAACUUUAAAGGAGAUGUGAUACAUAGUCACAAUUACAGAAAACCCGAUCAGUAUAAAGCUAGGUCAGUUUUAGUCCUCGGAGCUGGCCCUUCAGGAGUUGAUAUUGCCGAUGAUAUUGCAUCAGUUACCGAAAAUACAGUACUGCUUAGCCAUAGAAAACCCAAUUUCAAUCCCAAAAUGAGGCCCAAUAUUUCUUUAGUAUCUGAGAUGACAGAAAUAAUUGGCUCAAAUCGGGUUCAACUGGCUAAUGGCGACACUUAUGAGGUCGAUUCAAUUGUUUUUUGCACUGGAUAUCGUUAUAACUUCCCCUUUUUGGAAGAAAAUGUCAAAUUGCGAAUUACGAAUGAACGUCUCUAUCCCCUUUAUAAGCAUUUGGUUGAUGCUCGGAAUCCAAAUAUUAUCUAUCUGGGCAUAACCAAAACGGUUCUGCCUUUUCCCCAUUUUCAUAUUCAGGCCAGCUUUGCUGCGGCAGUUUUUACCAACCAAAUCACACUACCCUGUGAAGAUGAUAUGCUAGCCGAUAUCGAAAACGACUACAAAUGGAGAACCGAAGAGCUAGGAUUUAGCGAAAAAAGAGCACACUACUUGCACCAGCUUCAAUGGGCCUAUAAUGAUGACCUCUGCGAAUUGGCCUCAAUACCACGACUACCUUCCUCGGUAAGCAAUCUAUAUUUAGGUGUCCACCAAGCAAGAACUCAAGACCUCCAACAUUAUAAAGAGAAGAAUUAUCGUAUUGUAGAUGAACACACUUUCGUAGAAGUCUAG